GUUUGUUGACAUAUCUUUCUCUCAAUCUCACUCUCUCUCUCUCUCUCUCUCUCUCUCAUAGUCGCUGAGGCAAUUUAGGGGAUCGAAGAAGAAAGAGGGGCACCAAAAAGAAGAAAAAUGGAGGAGAAAUCGAGGAAGUGGUGGUGGUUGGAGAGUCACAAGAGCUCCAAACAUUCUCUAUGGCUUCAAUCAACACUCUCUGAGCUGGAUGCCAAGACAAAGACAAUGCUGAUGCUCAUUGAAGGAAACGCUGACUCUUUCGCCCAGCGUGCUGAGACUUACUACAAGAAACGUCCUGAGCUUGUUACCUUUGUCCAAGACUUUUAUCGAGCUCACCGCUCCUUAGCCGAGCGAUUCGAUCACUUGCUCCGCUCUUCUUCUUCUUCUUCUUCUUCUUCUUCUUCUUCUUCUUCGUCGGACAACGCUUCUCGCUCCUCCUCCUUUAAGUUUCACCAACAACAAGAAGAAUCCCUUUCUGACACCAACUCUCACUUUGAGGAUGCCGAUUCUGAGAUUGAAGACCCUGAACAUCACGAUGAGCUUGAGCACAACAAGAAAGAAGACGAUGAUGAUGAGACUUUCAAACUGGAACAAGAAAGGUUGAAGCUCAUCCAAGAGACUGAUGCUCUCAGGAAACAGCUGCUCGCCAAGGACGAAGAGAAGAGAGAGGUCAUCAGACAGCUUUCUCUUACCCUCCAGACGCUCCAAGACGACAACUUGAGGCUCAAGAGACGCCUUUCCCUCAAGAAACGCAGCGUUUUUGAUUUCAAACCACUCGGCAACUUGUUCGGGAAGCUCUUUUACGUUAUGUGCGAUGAUGGCACCACCAAAGGUCGUUUUUAGUUGGCUCAUCAUCAUCUACCCCCCUCAUGACUCAUGAGCUUAGCUUCUUUCUGUGUUUUCAUUUCACUUGUCUAUUGUUUAAAUCCUAGCUUCUUUUCCUGCUGUAUUAUGGAACGAGACCACCAGAUCAUCGUAAAUUAAUUAUCCUGUUUUCAUUUGUUGUUCAGUCGCAGUCAGACAGCGACAUGUGAGGGAUGCUUCUUAAUUAGAGAGGAUCAAUCAAUUUUGAUUUGA